AGGAACAUGGCGGGCGGGGGGCAGUGGCGUCGGGGCGGGACGGAGAGGCGGCCGAGGAAACUCUUCUGGAGGUGACGGUGGCGGCGGCGGUGGCGGCGGUGGGGGAAGGGGCGGCAGAAUCCAAGAACAUCACCAGAACCAGCAACACCAGCGCAGCACCCACAGCAGCAGGUGCACCACCAGAACGGUCCCGGUACGACGGUGCAGUGCGGGCCCAACCAGUACCGUCUUGGUCUGUACGGCUGGAGGAGGCGGUGUCUGUACGGCCUCGUUCUGCUCCUGCUGGUGAUGGUCAUUCUCAACCUGGCCCUAACACUCUUCAUCCUCAGAGUCCUCGACUUUACCACCGAAGGCAUAGGCGGGCUGCAGAUCGUACGAGGGGGGAUGAUCGCCAGCGGGGAGGUGCACGUUAUGGAGAGGCUGGUGGCGGCUCGCAUCUCCACCCCGCCCCACGUGCCCAUCCGUAUCCUGGCCGCUGAAAACUUCUCCAUCUCAGCCACCAAUAAGGACGGGGCGCUCCAACAGAAUCUUCAUGAAUUCUGAGGCCAUGCAGUGCACCUCAGACCAGCUGGUGAUCCGCGACAAGCAAGGCCGUCUACUUUUCUCAGCCACGCAGGACGAAGUGUUGGUGGGCGCCCGACACCUCACAGUCAAGGGUGAAGGCGGCGCGGUGUUCAGCGGCUCGGUACAGACAGCCCACGUGACGGCGCCGGUGAAGGAGUCACUUCUGCUGGAGUCACUCACCCGCAGCCUCGAGAUCACCGCGCCGCAGGGAGUCGCUUUGGAGUCCCGUGCUGGAACCAUCUCCGCCCGCUGCCUGCAUGACUUUAUUCUGCAGUCCAGAGGAGGCAUGAUCAAGUUCGACACUCCCAAUAUCUUCAUCCAGGGCCUGAGGACUUCCACCUUACAGACCAACGACCAGAGACCAGCCCGUCCUGACGUGUACCAGGUGUGUGUGUGUAGCAGUGGCAAGCUCUUCCUUGCGACACCUUUGGGCGUGUGCGCAGCCGACCAAAAGUUUUGCAAGUAGCGUCAAGAAUACCCGCAGUGUUGUCGUCCUGGGGUGUUUGAGGUGCGGCGGCCAGCCCUCAGUGGGUGCCGAGCUGCGGCCCACAGUGUGUUGAGUUUCAAGGACUUUCUAGUGACUGAGACUUCGCCCCAUGCAUUGCUGGCCUAUGGGUCUCUAUAACGUUAAUGGUUGUGGCCGCUCCAAUGACUGCCCGAGAGCCUUGCCAGACCUGUAGUAGGGUCCUGGGCGGCACCUGAAAGGGCGGCAGUUACGAGUAUCUCCCUGUCCUUUCCUACGGGACGCUGACAAAGUGAUUAACAGACCCACACGCCCUCAGGACAAAGGUUCAUGAUGACUUCAGCAGUCCAAGGAAACUUAUGAGAGGAAAAGAACAUGUGACAGUCUGUGCUUUUAUCAUACUGAGAAAGCAUUCGCACAACAAGAACAAAGGUGUAAAAGCGUAUUCUUCUAAAAAGUGAGGUCGUGUAAGCCGCCCACCCCGGGGAAGGCGUGGGGGCCCCAGGAUGGAGGAAGCCAGGCCUGGGGGAGAGGAGAGAGAUUUGGCGCUGUCGGUAGGGCGCCUCUUUGUUUCUCUCCCCCGGGGCGGCUUUCCAGCGUGUGCCUGUCUGUGACGAGACCCCGGGCGCCGCCACCUUCCCCGCCCGCCGAGGCUGCCCGGAUGGUGCUGACAGGAUGGGAGUGGUAUCGACUGUGCUCCGGAAAAAGGGUGAUUACAUUAAAAUGCCACCGAACCUAUUAUUGUAUAUUCAUUUAAGCAUUAGUACGAGUUUAGUGUACAGCCGAGCAGGGAAAACAAGAGCUCAUCAGGAUAGACGCUACAGAUUGAUCCGUAUCGAUGGAUGUUGUAAUGACUGUAAAUACCGAGGAUUCUGCUAAUGGUGAUCCUGUGUGGAGGUUUAGCAAUAAUAUGAAAAACAAGGGAUGAUAAAUACGACUAGUGACUGCCAUGUGAUUUGGUCGCUGCACAAAAAGAAGAAAAAUAAAAACCUUAUCAAGUCACACACAGACAAGUGAUUCGCUCCACGUGCUAAAAAAUAUGUAUUGCAAGGAUGUUUUGUAAUUCUUGGGUCAAUCUCCUUCCCUAAAGCACUCUUUGUUCCUUUUCUCCUCCUCGUACCUCUCUUUCCAUAAUUAUAUAUACCCUCACCUCCACCUCUCCCUUUUCCUUCCACUCUGCUCUCCCUCCCCCGUCCCCCUCUCUCCCCAGCACAAAAAUAAAUAACACCUCCCUUCUCCCGAGGCACGUCCGCCAAACCCCCUUCACCUUCGAAAAAUGGUUCUCUUUUCUCCAUUCCCCGCCCUUCUCUCUCACCCUUCCUCCUCCUCCUCCUCCUCCUCCUCCUCCUCCUCCUCCUCCUCCUCCUCUCCUCCCUCACUCUCUGGAAUUGGCCUUUCUAGGUUAACUCGGCUUUUCGGGUAAUUGUUUUUCGAUGCCUUUUGAUGUCACGGGUGUGCCUCGUGUAAACAACAAGCAACGUUACCGCGAAAAAUACCAUCACCGACCCGUGGGAUAAAAGGGAAGUUACGCGGUGAAUAUCUUUAGCCGGUGAUCCUGAAAACCCGAUACACUAACAAGCUUGAGGGGAAUCACACAAGACAGAAGAGAGAGAGAGAGAGAGAGAGGGAGAAGAAAAGGUGUCAGUGUUGGUAUGAAGGAUGCGAUUUGAUAGGGUGAGAAUAACAGGUUUGACGAUAAUAGAAGGACUAAUCUUCUUUUUUCUUAAGCUCUUUUGUCAUCACGGGCCUCGUAAGUUGCUGGGAAUAAUGAUACGAGAAGUUGUUAUGUCAGAUGAAUGCAAGAGGAGUUGAGAGGACGGAGAGAGACGCAGGGUGGUGAGGGAGAAGGGAGGGGGAUGUGAAAGCGGAUGAGGGAUGAAGGGGAAGAAAGAUCGAGGACAAUGAGAGAGAGUACAUCUUCUCGAAAAUUUCUUACGAGUCUUUGUUUGGCUUCCGUUUGUGUUUUUUUUUUGUUUUUUUUUUCGUGUGUGUGUGUGUGUGUGUGUGUGUGUGUGUGUGUGUGUGUGUGUGAAUGUAACAAAAAACAAUGAAGACCAAUAAAACAAUAAAACAACACAACUCAUAUUUCAUACGUCAAAAAAAAAAACAAAAACAGAAAUACAACAAAACGAAGACACAGAAAUGAAGUGAACACGAAGAAAUACAAGAAAAUCACCUUCAACACUCAUACCAUCAACAACAACAAGAACAACAACAACAACAACAACAACAACAACAAAGAACAAGAAAUAACAUAACAAAUGGAAGUGAAUCAAGAACAACACAAAUACAAAAAGACAAACGAACUAAAAUAAAAAAAAUAAAAA